CACGAGAGCAGGAGGGGGAUUUCCAGCUCGAGCGCUCACUUCCCGAGCCAGCCGUUGUUUUGCUUUCGGUCUGGACACAGAAACAGAAAUAAACGACGGACACAUUUUCCCUUUUCCACUUGCAACCACAAUUACAUUAAUUUGUCCAACUUCAGCGGCGCUUGUUAUUCUGACAGCAGGACUGUGAAGCUACAGGCCGUCCAAACUGAACAGGUAACGUUUUAUUUCCGCAUAUCGACGCUGUUGACUAGAGCUCACACCACACAGACUUCCUACAGGACGACAUGACGGAUCCCUAGCUCGCUGUGACACAAUGCCAGUGGAGAGAAUGAGGAUGCGGCCGUGGCUGGAGGAGCAGAUCAACUCCUGUCAGAUACCAGGGCUGAAAUGGGUGAACAAAGAAAAGAGGAUCUUCCAGAUCCCAUGGAUGCAUGCUGCACGCCACGGCUGGGACCUGGAGAAAGAUGCCCCGCUCUUCAUGAGAUGGGCCAUACACACGGGUAAAUACCAGCCAGGUGUAGACCGUCCGGAUCCGAAGACGUGGAAGGCUAAUUUCCGCUGUGCCAUGAACAGCUUGCCGGACAUCGAGGAGGUGAAGGAUAAAAGCAUCAAAAAGGGAACUAACGCUUUCAGAGUAUAUAAGAUGCUCUCCUCCUCAGAGAGGAGCAUGAAGAAAGGAAAGAAGAAGACAGAUAAGGAGGGGAGGCCCAAGGGAAACAAAGAGGUAGCGUCUCCAUUUCCAGACAGGACUCUUCCUGAUGCUCAUGCGGGACCUAUUGACUACACCAAACAGGAAAUGACCAAACAGGAAGUGAUCAAACAGGAAACAGUAGAGCUUCCAGUGACGAACAGUGCCUCAGCCACUACCAGUUCAGUAGAAGAGCAUGUGAUUACCAGCGAGCAGCUGCCAUUCGUCUGUCAGACAAUUGAAGUGACCACUGAGAUGGAAGAGCAGACUGUUAGUUCCUCCCACUCGUACCCGCUUCAGAUCUCUCCUGUUUCUUCCUAUUGCGGCAGCGACACGGACAGUGACACAGAAGACACCAAAGAGGGUGUCGGCGCAGUUUGGAGGCGGGACUCCAGCAAAUCAGUUCUCAGGGUUCCCACAUGUUCUCUUCCUGGCAUGGCCACCUUCGUCAGCGCGGGCAAGCCCAACUUCAGGGUCACCAGCACGCGGGACCCGGCCCCCCUCAUCAGCUACCACACUGAGGGCUGGACGCCGGCCUACGGCCAGAACUCUCUCGUGUCUGCAGCAACAAGCCACACGCACGAGAUGCGCGCAAGUGUCAUUAUGAAAACCUCUGAUGUCACCUCUUCCUGACCUCUGACCCCAGAUGAGGGAGUAUUGUCACUGCUUCCAGGGCAUAGGAAUGACAGAGAUUGUUUGUUUUCUCCAUCAGGGCCAAAACCUUUGAUUUUAUCGUAGCUUCUGUCUGGGCCAUGUAUCCUUUCACUUUACCUUUUAAUUGGAGAAAUUGCCGCCUGGCGUUAACUAAAUUAGCCAAGGCUUCACUUGUCCAUUCAUUGGUGAGCCCAGUUUAUUUUUUCUGCCUUUAUGUGACUGUGAGGAUCUUUGUGAUGUGAAUUUCAUCAACUUCCCAUGUCUGCGAUGGUUCUCGGACCAUCUGUGUGCAGUUUAAAGUGUAUGACCAUGUGGACCAUACUGACGUGUCUGCAGACAUUUGGAAUCAAUGUGCCCACAUGUCCACAUCUGUUUUGGACUGUGUCUGGCCUUUUACACACCAUAAUCACCCAUGUGUCACUGGUGGAGCUGUUUCUCUGUUGCUUUGUGCUAACACUUCUGCACACUAUCUGCACUUGGGUCUGUUCGGUGCCCAGUGUGGGCCGAUACGCAAAGCCCACACAUUGGUCUGGAGACUGAAAAGUUGAAUCAGUGCAUCCCAACCUAAAGCCUUCACUUUGAAACAGCGCCUCACAUGAAAUUCGUUUUGUAUUUCGUACACAUUUUUUGAAUCUCCUUCAUAUUAUUGUCAGAUUUAGCCACAUGUUUCUGAAGAUUAUUCACCAUCAAGCAUCAGAACGAGUUACCUGCUAUGUCAAAAUAGUGUGAACUCAAGUGUUAGCAUGAAACAUCGUGCCAAGUAAUAGGACACAUGGCUGAAACAAAGAUGGUGUGUUCCUAGAAGUAAUUUGUGUUCAUAAAAAAGCUAUGAACACGAUCUUUAAUAGAAAGUUAAACCUCUGUUGGCUAGCCAGCUUUAUCAUCAGCAAGUUGCAAAAAGAAUCAAAGGCAUGUUGUUCUGUCAAGAUAAAGAGUGACAGAAAUGAUGAAGUCCUGAUUUGCCCUGCAGUGGAAAGUAGCUGUGUGUGUAUCUGUCUUUCUGUCUGUCUGUCUGGAGACCUCAGGACAAUGUAUCUGCCAAAACACAGACAGAUGAACAGACAGAAAGAAUGACAGACUUACUGACAGACAGACUGACAGACUGUGAACAAUGUAUUCAUGUCUUCUCUCUCCUGCCUCCUGGUGUUAAUAAUGUAUAUAACUCAUAUAUAUGUGUGCCUGCAAGCCGCUUCUGCACCUUACAGACAGCACUGGUGUGUGUGCGUGAGUGUGUGUGUGCGUGCGUGCGUGAGAGAGCGAGGAGUGAAAAAGCCUUAUUGAAGAUGUGUGCCUUUGAUCAACUGCGGCUGGAUUCAAACUAUCUGUCUGCGAGUGACACAGGCAGGUAGCUUUCAGGAGUUGUAUUCAGCCCUACAUGUGGAUUGAGACAGCAGGCAGUGUCUUAGUGGGGAGCAUCGAGGAAUGGAGAGGUGAUUAACAUUGGCUAUAUUUCUAUGCACAGAGGAUCUAGACCUGGUUAAAGUGAGAAUCCUUGUUAUGAUAACAAGGAAUAGAGAAGUCUGGGCUUGAGAUACAUUGCAGAGGACUGUGUCAGCAGCAGCAGAGGCUGUGCUCUGUUGUUUUUAAUCUGCACGUUUUUUAACGUCUACUCUCUUGGCUCAAAACUUCCCAUUUCCCAGUUGACUUUAGCGCACACACAGAUGUUGCAGCCAUUCUUCUGUUUUGUCAUUGUGUCCACCUCUCCAUUCUUCCUGGUUUAGAGCACUAGCCUUAAUCCGGAUGUCUGAAAGAUAAGAUAAUUCUUUUUGACACCUUUAAGUACAAUUAUAUGCACAGAAUGAUGAGCUGUGGCAGCAGAUUGAAGGUAUUUCUUAUUUGUUGUCUAUUUUACAAGGCAUAAUUAGAGGAAGCUCAAUGAUUUCAAUAUUAUUUUGUAUAAUAUAUUUGACCUAAAAAGUGCAAAAUUAUGAAAUGUUCAUAUUAGGACCCCUGAGAGUUGUGGCCUCUCAGUUUUAAACUAUAAUGAGUGUAUGUGUAUAUGUUAUAAGUUAGCUGUGAGCAGGCUAAAGCACAGCCUGCCUCUAGCAAACUCCAGUGGGAACAUUUCGAACAGUUCCUGCAGGAAAACAAUAGGACAAAUAGGAAUCUGCCAUGACUUUGUGAACCAAAGCACUAGAGAGAUUUACACUGGACACACAUUACUAUCAUGGUGAAUUUAUUUAAGAUUGUCAUUGAGUCAAAGGGGUUUGGAUGAGGAAUAGGCAUCACUUUACCAAAUGUUUCUUCCUUGUGCCUUUUAUUGUUAAAAACUUGAAUCACAUACUGAAAGAUUGCGUCGAUUUCUUUGUGGUGAUAGUUCUUGAUGGGCUGCAAUUCACAGGCAAAAUUUAAAGCAAUGUAUGUUAAUAAUUUUGACGACAGCCAUUACAAACGCCUGCCUUUUCAACCACGCAUUUGUCCUUGUGAACUUUUUUUGUCUUCAGCAAUGUCCUCGUGGUCACAUCCUCUCUGAGCGCAAUAUGGAAAAAUGACAGUUGGGAUUUACAUAACCCUGUAGUUGUGAUGAUCGUUGUUAAUUGUUUGUGAAACUUAAAUGUGCCUACUUACUUCAAGUAUCGCUUGGCAUAUAAACAGCGUGAUCCAUAUUAGGACUUUUCACCAGUGCAAAUUUAAAUAAAGUUUAUGUUUUCAAUACUGAAGCUCAGGUGGACCUGAGUUCAGCAAGUCCUAAAUGAUCAAGACUUACUACCUACUGUAAUACAUAUUGCCCCUAAAGCCUGACUGUGUUAUUAUUGCAAAGAGAUUUAGCAAGGACCUGUCAACACUGACAUUUGAAAAUAAGAGAAAUUUUGCAGUGCCCUACCCUGGCCGCCCCACCACCCUUAAUACAGUCCACAGACCCCUUCAUUUAGACAAGAGGACACACAGUGAAUCCUAAAAUCACCACAAGGCAACCACUUAGUUUAAAACAUUAGAGUUAACUAGUUCCCACAAUAAGUGACUGCAGUUUGGUCAGAAUCAGAUACCUGGCUGAAAGUGAGAUGCAGUGAACAUCCCUGCUUUAUAAACAUGGAAACACAAAGAGGCAGAUAAAUUCAGCACUGAGUUUGUUCAUGUAUUACUUGAAGGACAUGAACACAUCACUGACACAUUAUGCUUCAGUUGUGAUUUUAGGAGACAGAUGAUUAUGAAAGUUGAUAGAGUAAAUACAGUCAUUAGUGGAGCAUGUUUCUGGUCUCUUGGCUGCUCUUGGCAGAUUUGUUGCCUUUCACUCCGUGUGAUCCACUAAAAUCCAUGUGUCAUCUUACCAAAAGCAUGACUUUGACCGGUGUUGCUCUUCAUUAAGUACGGGUAAGCCUCCUCCCAUUUGGUGAGAUACUUGCACAAACUUUUGGCAGGUGCUCCUUCCCUCUCAGGUUCAUCCUUCUUGUUUUAUUGGUGGGUGUUGUUUUUCACUAGAUGUUCCAGCUAAUGUUCUACAGACUGCCACCUGCUUUACCAGAGUGGAAUGUAGCAAACACAUCAAAAAGGCCUUUAUGUCUCCCUUCAUCAUCACAGCCAACUUUUUUUUUUGUUGUUGUUUGUUUUGUUUUUUUUAAAGUGGAAUCCAUUUCUGCUCUGUUCUGUGCAUAGAAGGACGCCAUAGCAACCAGAAGUUAACAGUGAAAGUUGUCAGAUGUCGCCGAGAUGUCAUAAAACCAAGGUGUGUCUCGGUCUUGUGCUCAACACAUACAGUAAAGGACACUAUCACCAAUCAGUUCAAAGGAGAAAAAAAUAGAGGUAACUGCUUAGCUACUCGCAAUGCAGCCAAGAGGUUUUCACUGUGACGUGUCACAGCUGUUCAUUCUCUGUACAUUAUGGAAAGUACAUGUGAAUCAACAUGUAAAUCUGAAUAAAGACUCGUUUUUGUAUUUA